ACCGUCGCUCCCCGUGACGCCUCGACCGGAGCAAUAGCGUAGGAAAAAACGGCUACAUGCAUCUUACAAAUGUAUCUCCGUCCUUUUUGAAGCUACAAAGGGCUUGUUUUCCACAUUUUGUAGCGCGGUACUGAUGGGAACCUCGAUGCGGUGUCCUCUCCAGCAGAACAGCUCACAGUAGCAGGAGGCUGCGCGAGCCCUCAGUCGGAGCUCGAGGACAACACCACCAUGAAGUUAACGAUUUUCCUCUUCCUCAUCCUGUCCGUGUCCUGCCCGCUCUCCCUCGCCGCCAUUCCCGCUCCAAAUAAGUUUGUGUCCUUGGCGGAGAUGGAGGAUGCCCUCCUGAAGAAUCUUUUCCAAGGUUACCAGCGCUGGGUGCGGCCUAUCCAGCAUGCCAAUGACACCAUCAAAGUACGCUUCGGACUCAAGAUCUCCCAGCUGGUGGACGUGGAUGAGAAGAACCAGCUGAUGACAACUAAUGUAUGGCUUUGCCAGGAGUGGAUUGAUUACAAGCUGCGAUGGAAUCCAGAAAAAUACGGAGGAAUCACUUCUAUCAGAGUUCCCUCUGAAAACAUCUGGCUACCGGACAUAGUCCUAUAUGAGAAUGCUGAUGGACGAUUUGAGGGCUCCCUCAUGACCAAAGCAAUUGUCAGGUAUAACGGCGCCAUCACCUGGACACCACCUGCUAGUUACAAAUCUGCCUGCACUAUGGAUGUCACCUUCUUCCCCUUCGACCGCCAGAACUGCACCAUGAAGUUUGGCUCAUGGACAUAUGAUGGUAACAUGGUGGACCUGAUUCUGAUUGACAAACAGGUGGACAGGAAGGACUUCUUCGACAACGGGGAGUGGGAGAUCCUUAGUGCCACUGGUGCCAGAGGGAACAGGAAGGACGGCAUGUACUCAUACCCUUUCAUUACGUAUUCCUUCAUUCUGAAGAGGCUGCCGCUGUUCUACACGCUCUUCCUCAUCAUCCCUUGUUUGGGUUUGUCUUUCCUGACAGUCUUGGUGUUUUACCUUCCCUCAGACGAAGGAGAGAAGCUGUCACUCUCAACCUCUGUCCUAGUGUCCCUCACUGUGUUCCUCCUGGUCAUAGAAGAAAUCAUCCCCUCCUCCUCUAAAGUGAUUCCACUUAUUGGAGAGUACCUCCUCUUCAUCAUGAUCUUUGUCACACUCUCAAUCAUCGUCACUGUCUUCGUCAUCAACGUGCACCACCGCUCCUCGGCCACCUACCACCCCAUGUCGCCGUGGGUUCGUAAUCUCUUCCUCCAGAAACUGCCUAGGUUGCUGUGCAUGCGUGGACACACCGAUCGAUACCACUACCCAGAGCUGGCUCCUGAGAGCCCCGAGCUGAAGUCUCGCUCUGGAGGUCGAAGAGGAGGCCAGAGGGGGAACAGCGGAACCCACGGACAGACCACUGCUGACGGGAAGGAUGAAGAGGCCUGGGCAGCCAUGCUGGACAAGGCUAUCUACUCAGUACGCUACAUCAGCAGACAUAUCCGCAAGGAACACUUCAUCCGUGAGGUGGUACAAGACUGGAAGUUUGUGGCUCAGGUGUUAGACAGGAUCUUCCUCUGGGCUUUUCUCACAGUCUCAAUAUUGGGCACCAUCCUCAUCUUCACUCCAGCUCUACAAAAAUUUAUGAAAAUCCCUCCUCCCACAGCAAGUGAGGAGCCACCUUCAACUUAGUAGCAUCAACACAUCACUUUCACAAACAACUAACGACCCUCCUUCAAGAAUCUCUGGAAAAUAUGUUAAUAAAGACUUUAUAAUACCUUUUAUCACUUUCCUUUAGCAUUUCCAAUACUUAGACUUUAGUGUUGGCCUGUAACAACUGUCCCUCCAGUACCAGUGCAAUAAAUAUCGAUAUUAUGGUGGACACUUGGAGAAGUAAAUAAAUCAAGGUAUCGGAUCACUGCAUUGACUGGUGUACUCGCUAAUACCAUGUAUCUGCUUUUAUAAUAAAGAGGGAGCUACUGCAGCUGCUCUUUAUUAGACAACUACACCUUCUUCCAAACUAGUUGCUUUGAUUUCUCUAUUUACUAGCUGAAGUGUUCUGUAUGUCAUAAGGUCUAUAUGUAUAUAAAUUCCAUACAUGUUUUAUCAUAAUUCAA